AUGGGCAAAUUUCAAGGGAUCAGCAAGCAAACUAGCGUAAAAACAGUGGAAAGGACAAAGGAGAGGAGUCUGAUCAGCAAUCUAGUCGUGACUAUCGCCAAUUUCUACGAUACAAGCAUGUCAGUUUACAUGGACGAAGUCGAUAGGGAGUUUAUCCGGUCUCUAUUCCCGGAAUACCUGCUACAGCAGCCGGUGGCAUAUUACCUGUGGAUGAUUUACUAUCAGCACAAGAAACUAUUCAAUAAGAUCAAACACAACAGCAAUAAUGGUCUUAGAGGGCUGCUGUCGAGUUCUGGGAAGAGCGACCCAAGGUUGCAGGGCAGUCUGCCUUAUGCGAUGCGGAAGGAGAUAUGGCACAAAUUGAUGAGCUUGGGUGUGCUUGGAACGCUGUCUUUCAACUCCUCGACUGAUGAGUAUCUCAUGCAAGUUUACAAAUACUUCUUUCCGGAACCUAUUGACGUUGUUGCCGAGGCUCGCAAGCUGAAUUCGAGCUCCAAUGGAGGCUCUGAGGAUUCGUUUAAAAGCUCGGUGAAGCAGGAAGACUCACACAACAGAGCCCAUUUCUUUCCCUCAGAUGAUGAAGCUGGCACAGAUGUACGAGAAAUGCGAGUUCCGACUCGACAGAGCAUUUUCGAUCCAAGGACUACAGGGAACACUGGUCAUGAAGAGGGCGAAGACGACGAUGACGACGACGACGACGAUGAUGACGACGACGAUGAUGAUGCUGAUGACGGAGGGGACAUUGCUGUUGAAGAGGAUGGGAGCUCACACGCCGAGGGAAGCGCAUCAAGCCAUGGGUCAAAUGAAGAAACAAUGAGCUUCUAUCCUGCCCUGACAACGUCUAGCAUGUCUUCGAAAUCGAAAAAUAACUCAAUGGUGCCUGAUGUCUAUCAAAUGCUGGGCUAUUUUUUGCCAAGCCAGUGGACAACUCAGCCCAACAAGAGUAUCCUAUUAUCCGGCGAUGGAAUUUCGCAACUACGUCCGCAUCCGAACUGGCAGGCAUAUAUGGGAUAUGAAAAAUCCGGAACUAGCACAAGAAAUAGGCUAAGGAAUUCUUUCUCCGGGGGUCUGAAGAAUGAUUAUGCCGUAACAUGGGCCAAUAAUCCGCUGCCCGCGAGUCGACUAGGCAUCUUCUAUUAUGAGAUAAAAGUUUUGAAUGUUACAAGUUCGCAGGGGGCUCAAAGCAGUAAUAUCAUUGUGGGUUACAAGCAAUGGUCAGGAUCGAACCAGGAAAGCAGUUCAGGAAGUUCAGAUAGCGACCAGGGUUCCUCUGGUUCAAGUGGAACGAGCGGCAUCGGCAUUGACCCUCGUUCUUCCCUGAGGGGCAGAGGAUCGACAGAAGUUAGCAAUGAUGAUUCAUCUUCGGGAGCAAAGAGUGGCGUUGAGGAAGGAUUUUUCGGUUAUUGUGGUAAUGAUGGCACGAUCACUGCAGGAUCGCAGUUCAAGUCGUAUUCAAAAUCAUUCGGACGCGACGAUGUUAUCGGCUGUGGAGUAAAUUACGUUGACGGAACUAUUUUCUUCACUAAGAAUGGUGUGUACCUGGGCACAGCGUUUACGGAUAUUCAUAACAUAACACUUAUCCCUUACAUUGCACUCAGACCGGGGAACUCGGUGAGGACAAAUUUUGGCCUUUAUGAGGAGUUCAUAUUCGAUAUCCUUGGUUAUCAAGACAGAUGGAAGACCAAGGCUUACAGGCAUAUCUUUAAAUCAAUCGACAGGAGCGAAAUAUUGAAUGAGUUUGAUUCUGAGGAUGAGGAGACUACAUCUACCGGGGGUAAUGGCAAAAUGGAUGUUGACGAAGAAGAUGUGGAUAUGAAUACUGGCACUGCAGAAGCUACUAGCUAUCUCGACGGGCAAAUGAUCAAACCCGAUGUCGACAAGCUAAAUCCUCUUAACACAGGCGAUGACUCAAUUCCGUCAACGUUGCAUAUGAUGAUCAACGAUUAUCUUAUCCGCGAAGGACUCAUUGAUGUCGCAAAAGGAUUUCUAACUGAUUUGAAGAAGGAAGCAAUCCCUUCUGAUGAGGAAGGAACUAACGAAGCGGUGAUAAGACACAAUGAGAAGCAGAUUGUCAAAGAGGAAGAAAACCUGAAAAUCCGGCAAGAUUUGAGGAGAUUUAUCACCGGUGAAAGAAUCGGAGAAUGUUUGAAAUACAUAGAAGAACAUCUGGGAGGGCUCUUGUAUGAGAACACAGAGCUUCUUUUCGAGUUAAAGCUAGCUGAGUACCUGUUGGAGAUCCGCAAUUACAAAAGCUUCCAAAUUGGAGAUAUUGUUGAGCGGGGCCAAUCUCUUUCCAAGGAAUUUGUUUAUGACGAGCGGAUUCCCCAGGUUCUACGAGAGAAGUUCAAGAGCCAAUUAAGCAACGUUUCGGCAUUACUGGCGUACGAGGAUCCAGUGAACGAAGCUUCUGCAGAGUUGUCUGCCUACCUCUCCCACGAGUAUCUUCAGGAUCGUCUGUUCCAGAUCGUCAACACCAGGGUGCUGAUGUUCUUGCAGAAAGACAGCGGGUGUGAACUGGAGAACAUGAUCAAAUACACCAGAGCUAUGCUUGCAACACUGGCAAAUUUCGAAGCUGACGGUUCGGUUGUACAUAAUGGAUCUGAACUAAGGUGCUACAAAGUCUUGAACAUGGACGAAGACUUGCUGAACCUCUAG